AACGGGUUAAUAGGUUUCUUAAAUCUACUAUCUCCAAAUUGAUUGAAAGUCCCGAUCUAUGGGCAUUGAGUUUGCAUAAAGCCCAAUAUGUUGUUAAUAAUACUGUGCACUCGUCGACAACAUCAACACCUAGCAAAUUAAUGCUGGGCUAUGAUAAGCGAAAUCACACGGAUCAUAAAUUGAAAGACUUUUUAGAUUCUUUGGCCGAAAUCGAUAACGACAUAAUUAAUCAGCGGGAGAAGUGCCGAGAUACGGCGGUAGAGGCGACUCAUCGAAUCCAGGCUUACAAUAAAUUGUACUACGAUAAAAGACAUCGAAAGCCUACGCAAUACAAAGAAGGAGAAUAUGUGAUGAUUUGUGACACCCAAAAUGUACCUGGCGCUAGUCGCAAAUUUAAAUCGAAUUACAAAGGGCCUUACUUAAUAAGCAAGACCCUGAAUAAUAAUCGUUAUGUCGUUACCGAUAUUCCAGGAUUCAGCCUGUCCUCCCGAGCGUAUAAUACAAUUCUUUCUCCAGAUAGGCUGAAGCCCUGGAUCAAACCUUCGAAUUAA